GUCGACAUGGAGCCCAAGAGCCUUCUAACGUGCUUCCUCGUCCUCGUCGUGUCCGGCGUCGGGGGCGUCGAGUGGAAACACAGUGCAGUCCUCGACAACAACUUCCUGGUGCUCUGGACACCUGGGGAUCGGGAUGUCACCUUCGAGAUCCAGGUGAAGACUCUCGGAUACGUCGGUCUCGGUUUCACCAAGAACGAUCGCCGAGUGGGCGCCGAUAUGGUCAUCGGAUGGGUGGACAACAAUGGCCAGGUUCAUCUUCAGGACCGACACGUGAAAGACGCGGGACGAGAUCCGCAGAUGGACUCGAGCCAAGAUUAUCGCCUGCUGCUGGGAUACGAGAACAAGACGCACACAGUGCUGCGAUUCAGCCGCCGCUACGACACGUGCGAUCCUCGAGAUCUGAAGAUCACGAACGACACCAUGCAGGUCGUUUGGCAGUACCACGCGGAAGAGCCGGUUUCCGCAGCGGGAGUACUUCCGGCUCAUGGUGCGGUACGGGGUUCAAGACCUCUGUACCUAGUGCAACGCGGUGUACAGCCUAAGCGCACUUCGCGCAAUCAGGGUCUGGAACCUCCGCUUCAAGUCUGGGAUGUGCUGAACCAACAGGUUCAUCUGCCGAUGGAGCAGGACACCCUGCUGUGGUGCCGAGUGCUGAAGAUGCCCAACAUCCACCGCAAGCACCACGUAGUGCGGUACGAGCCAGUCAUCCAGCCCGGAAGCCAGGAGUACUUGCACCACAUGACGUUGUACGAGUGCCGAGGAAACCCGGCGAACAUGGAAGCCGCUGCCAAGACCACCGGUGCAGUGUGCUACCAGCCAAGCCAGCCCUCCUUGCAGUGCAACACCAUCGCCGCCACGUGGAGUCUGGGCUCGGAGGGCUUCAAUUACCCAGCUGAGGCCGGUUACGCCCUGGAUCCGCACACCGGACCGCGUUACUACAUGCUCGAGACCCAUUACACCAAUCCGGAGCUGGACGCCUUCAUCAGCGACAGCUCUGGCCUGCGACUUCUCUACACGGAGCGCUUGCGCACCCAUGAUGCUGGGAUCCUCAGUGUUGGGAUAGACCCUAACUGGCGACACAUCGUCCCACCAGGCCAGCCCGAAGUCGUGUCCGAAGGACACUGCGUCACGGACUGCACUGGCCACACCGUUCCCAACAGUGGCAUCAACAUGUUCGCGGUCAUCAUGCACACUCACCAGCUGGGCAGGAAGGUCCGUCUGCGCCAGAUUCGCGGGGGAGAGGAAUUGCCACCUGUCGCUUCGGACACCAGCUACGAUCCCAACUACCAGGAGUACCGGAAACUUCAGAGGCCCGUUAAGGUCUACCCGGGCGACCACUUGAUUGCCGAGUGCACCUACUCGUCCGAGUCUCGACAGGCGAUCACUUUGGGCGGAUUGACGACCAGGGAGGAGACGUGUUUGGUAUCGGUCCUCUAUUACCCGCGUAUCGAGCUGUCCCUCUGCUACUCCCUGCCGUCUCUGCCGACGGUUCUACACAGCCUGGGCAUCCAGAAACUCAUGCAAGGCUCCAGCCCGGUGAUGAUCCAGGCCCCGCAAGAGCUGCACGGCAUGACGUUGGAGGAGCGGCUGAUGAGCUACGACUGGGAGACGAGUUUCCCAAGUUUCCAAGAGGCCACCAGAAGAGGAACCUUCAAACCGCUCUGUUGGAGUAGCAAGGGAGCCCCGCUGCCGAAGACGGAGUUGCCGGAGGCCCAUUACCCGCACAUCCUGAGGCCGUACGAGGAGCAGACGUUACCGUGUUCCAAGAAGCCCUUGAGGAACAAGUUAUCCAUGCUCCUGAGCGAGGACGGCGACAUCGGGGCCCCGGUCGAUCCGGACAGCGACGAGGCCAACGCCGUGGAACGGGGCCAAUUGGUCAGGAGCAAGGUGUCUCGCAGCAGCGAAGGUCCGGCUGCUGGGGGUUCCGGGGUCAAGUCGACGUCCGUCGCCCUGAUCGUCGCCGUGGUGGUCGCGGCCUUCAGGUGAACGCGAGGCUGGUCGGCGGACUUUCGUCAACUCAAGUUCUCCGCGACUUUCGAUCGCGCCCUCCACCGGGUCACGUAAGUAUCCCGACCCACGAGGUGGACGUCGGGUUACCAACGUUCCCCAGGGUGUGGACGUCGCCCUAGCUCCGGGACGUCGCGGGA